AUGGACCGCAGUGCUUACGAGCUGGACACCCUGGAGGUUCCUCCUCUCACCCCUACCAGUAAGGAGGUCCUCAGCCAGGCAGUGAAGGCCAGUUUCGCUGGAUUCGCUCAGGAGAGAAUCAACCAUCGCUUCCCACAGGAUCCCACCAUGUGGUCUGAGUGGGAGGUGAACUACUGGCUGGAUUGGUGCCAGGCUGAGUUUGGGCUCCACUACCUGGGCUCAGACCUGAGAGGCCUGCAGGGUGGUGAGCUGUGUGGCCUAGACAGGGAGGCUUUCCUGGGCCUGAUGUCCGACUGCACUGCGGGAGAGAUCCUGUGGGAGCACCUGGAGGACAUGAGGAGAGAAAAUUACUCGGACUGUGUCCAGGAGCAUCCACACAAACACUGUUACCAUGCUCAGUAUCAUCCCACUGAGAGGGCAGACCUUCACUCUCUGGACCCUGUGACUGUGCAGCAUGAAGACUACUAUCUGAUCAAAACAGAGGAUCCCAGCAGGAACGUGGUCUCUGCUGCUCCCCUGCAGGAAACAGAGACCGACUCUGCUCACAGUGACGACCCUGACAUUGUGGACUCUCUGUCGUGGGCUGCUCCACUCCAGGAUAUAGAGCAAGUGACGGAGGAGACCAUGCCUGAAGAUGUCUUCACUUUACCACGCCCGCACAAGAGCUUCAAAGAAUACGUGGGCAACAAAACAGAUCUGGGCCGAGCCGUGAUACCGGCAGCUGUCCUCGCUGGUUACACUGGAAGUGGUCCCAUUCAGCUGUGGCAGUUUCUACUGGAGCUCCUCACAGACCGCAGCUGUCAGUCAUGUAUCAGCUGGACAGGAGAUGGGUGGGAAUUCAAGCUGACGGACCCUGAUGAGGUGGCCCUGCUGUGGGGUCGGAGGAAGAACAAGCCCAAGAUGAACUAUGAGAAGCUGAGUCGUGGUCUGCGAUACUACUACGACAAAAACAUCAUCCGCAAGACGGCUGGCAAACGCUACGUCUACCGCUUUGUCUGCAACCUGCAAGGCCUGCUGGGAUACGAGCCUGGAGAGCUGCACGGCAUACUGGACAUCAGUGAAAAGCGUCACCAAUGA